AUGAAGAAAUUUGCUGGAAAGCUAGGCCAAUUAGCUGGACUCAGCACAACUGCGGCCGAGCGCAAGACAGCUGGAGCGGGCAUGCCCGAACCAGCAGCCGAAAACACUACUACAACAUCACGGUCGUGGAGACAGUGGGCUGAAGAGCCCUACCCCAAGUUGCUUCACGAAGAAGGGCCCCAAGUAAAAGAUCAAUUGGAGCCUGUCUUUCGGUACAAUCAGCUCGAUGAGACUGCAGACAGCACCCGGUUACUUCAAGUCAAGCCCCGUUUGCGGACGGACGGACUCCUGGACUGCAGCCUCGUCACUGUCAAAUUCGGAGACCGACCGAAAUUCGAUGCCUUGUCCUACAUGUGGGGUGACUCCUCCGUCAGGAAGAAAAUCUGCGUCAACGGUGCCGAAUUUGAAGUCACCGAGAAUCUCUUUGAUGCUCUCCACUUUCUGAGAAGACGCCCUGACCCUAAGGAAUGGCUGCCGAUCUGGAUCGAUGCAAUAUGCAUUGACCAGCAGGGAACUGCAGAGAAGGAUCGACAGCUGCCCUUCAUGCCUCACAUCUACGAGCGCGCCCAGCAAGUUCUGGUGUGGUUGGGGAGGGGCUAUGAGAAGUUUCAAGGUCCGGACACCGAGGACUUGAUUCGCCGUGAGCUUCAGCGGAGACACGGCGGGCUUGGCGAUGAUCUACUCAGCAAAGACUUUAAUAUGGUCGCAAGUGGUGGUCGCGGUUACGUCUUCAAAGAUUCUGAGAAGGCCAUGGCGGGUAUGCUGCGCGCUGACCGUUAUUGGGACAGGGUCUGGAUCAUACAGGAAAUUGGCAAAGCGAGACGGAUCAGGGUCUGCUUCGGCAAGAUCACAUUUAAUUGGGCUGAAUUCGUUUGUUUCGUGUGCCGUUUCGAGAGGGGAGACCACGGCCCCAAAAAGUUCAACGAUAUGAACAAGAAUCGUCAGAGCCGCAAGCUGAAGGACCUUCUGGAGCAACACCAGCGAGCGCAGUGUGCGUUGCCAAAAGAUAAAAUCUACGGCCUCCUGGGCCUCGCACUCGAUUCUGGUGGCUUCCCCGUGCACUACGAUCAAAGUGACUUGAGCACCUGGGUUGACACGUUGGAUUUCGCGGCCCGGCGUGGCCUUGUACCGACAGAUCAGAUCAUUUCAUUCGCACGGAUGGUGAGGACUCUGCUCUUCGACCAUCCCACAUCGCGUGCCCCGGAUCCUUCGACACUGGACACGAUCCCCAAGUCGAAGGCCACAGAUCACUCAGCAAGCACGUAUCCACUUGGGGCAUUCUUGAUAGGGUGGGUUGAGGCCAUCGGCCCUUCCACGAGUGAGAUAUUCUCGAAUCUUGACGCUUUGAACAAGUGGAACACCGAUCAGUUCGAUGAGGGCGAUAGGCUCAGGCGCUCAUUGCUCGAUACCGAUGACGAUGCUAUCGAGACUAUGCUUGCCAGUGGUGCUGCUGACGUGCUUGGCUCUGCACAGCACCCCAGUCUCAUUGGUAACCUAGCAAGGUCUGCACCCCAGUCCUCGGCACAUAAUAGUCAAGUUGACGAGGAUGCAUUCGUCUCUGGAUCUUCUUCACCAGCCCGAAUUUUCAAGCUGUAUCCACAAGAUGCAGAUGCGAGUUGGACCACUUUCGACAAUUCAAAGCUGGGAAUCAUCUCAAACCGAGCCCGACGCGGUGACAUACUUUGUUAUUUGAAAGAGCUUCGAGAAAUAUUCGUUCUAAGAAGAGACGACAAGGAGCCCAAUAUGGUUCGUAUCGUUGGCAAAGGUCUGUUGACGAAAAGUGUCGUAUCUGGCAAGCCCCUUGAGCCCCCCAAGGGCAAUCUUGAUGGGCUGGGUAAGGUCUCCAUAAACGUUGAUGCAAAGACUAUAUGGCAGCUUGCAUCUUGA